AUGGCUACGGGCGGGCGUAUCGUUCCUAGAUUUGAGGAGCUUACGAGCGAAAAGCUAGGCAAAGCUGGCAUUGUUCGUGAGUUAACGUUUGGUACGACGAAGGAUCGCAUGUUGGUCAUCGAAGACUGUGUGAAUUCCAAAGCUGUCACUUGUUUUCUGCGUGGAAGCUCUCGGAUGAUUGUUGAUGAAGCCAAACGAUCCCUGCACGAUGCGUUGUGCGUUGUCCGAAAUCUCGUAAGGGAUUCACGUGUUGUUGCUGGUGGUGGUGCCUCUGAAAUCGCUUGUUCUCUGGCCGUUUCUUCUGAGGCUGAUAAAGUAGAAGGGUUGGAGCAAUAUGCGAUGCGUGCCUUCGCUGACGCACUGGAAGCCAUACCGAUGGCUUUGGCAGAAAACUCCGGCCUUCCUCCCAUCUUGACGGUUGCCGAGCUCAAAGCACGCCAACAUGCGGAGAAUAACCCUUGUCUUGGAGUUGAUUGUCUUAAUGUGGGCACAAACGACAUGAAAUCUCUAAACAUCCUGGAGACGCUUAGCUCAAAACGCGCACAAAUCAUGUUGGCGGUGCAGUUGUGCAAAAUGAUUCUCAAGAUUGAUGAUAUUCGCGUCUCUGUUGAUGUAUAACCGCGUUAUGCUUGUUUCUUCGCAUGAACCUGUUUGAACUCCUUAAAUCGGUUUUGACAUC